AUGGCGCUCUGCGACGCUUUCUUGCCCCACGGCACGUAUGCCCUGUUGAACGCGAGAGGCGGAACCGCGCUCGAUCUUGCGUGUCUCGAGAGGCUGGAGGGACAUCUUGUGCACUACCGGGCAAACCAACAGUGGAAAUUCGUCAGUACGGGGCUCGGGUGGGCGAUUGAAAGCUGCUGCAAGUCAAAGAAGGGAGAGUCGCUUUACCUCUCCAUCGCGGGUGGCCGUCUCGCAGAGCAGACCCGCGGCAAGGCUUCCACCAUCCCCACGAGCUGGGAUGUGGCCCUGAUUGGCGAUGUGCUAAGAAUUUCGUGGCCAAAGACAAACUAUGUUGUCGAGCUGAGUGGCUGGGGAAAUUCGCAUCCCGGUACCCCAAUACAGAUCAUGCGUCUCAAACAGGGUGAGCAGUGCCAGCUCUGGCACUUCACCCGCUGCGGCAUACUCGCCGCGUCCUCCGAUCAUGCCGAAGAUGUGAAUAGGACGGGACCCAGGCCUACUGGACCACCACCUCCCACUCUGCACGUCCUCACGAACGUUGAUGAAGAUGCUGCGCUUGAGCUGGAGAACGCCUCCAGGAGAUGGGUGAAGCACGGCCCCACUCACAAGGAGCCUAGUCAGCAAUGGAAAUUUGUCAGGAUCGGAGACGAAGAGGUUAUCCAAGCAUGUCGGGCUUCUUUAAACAACGAGCCGCUGUACUUGACCGUGCAAGGACGCGCAGAGCCAAGUGCCCACAUCGUCGCAAGCCCGUAUCCGGUAGGUUGGCAUGUCGAACGCUCUCAAAUCGCAGACGGCAGAGGCACAGUGCGCAUAUUCUGGCCUAACACGAACCUCGUCAUCAGUACCAAGAAGUUCGUCGACGGGAACAGCGUCGUGCUCACGGAAUGCGACGAUACUUUGUCCUCGAAGUGGACUGACAUCACUAUCUAG